AUGGUGCGAGAAGCGUGUGUUAAAUUUCGCUUUUGUGGAGGUCUCGAGCCACCAGAUUGGGUACUGGCUGAGCUACCGCUACUGUCGGGAGAGCAAAGCAAAGUGACUCCCGAAAACGUCAUUGCAAUGUGUGAAGCUAUUGGGUCUGAUAUCACCAAGCAGGAUGUGAAUGAAGCGCAGGAUUUGUUUACGAAGGCUGCAGAUGCUAAGGCUACGGUGGCUUUGCUGCGAUUCAUUUUGACGCAUGCUGCCAAAUUCAAUAUCGAGAGUGUAGAUCUUGUCAAAGAGUUGGAACAACUAGGUAUGCAUUACUUGGUUGCAGAAGCCAUUGCAAAGAGCUACGAAGAUCUCCGAAAAUGUAUUCGAGACCAGCAACGGUUGCAACGCUUUCAGUUUCCGGGGAUUCAACAGGUCGAAUGGAAAGUGGAGGACUCGUCCAAAGUAACACUAAACUUGACGCUUGACCAAUCGGUGAUUGAAUGCAAUUUGGCGACAAAGUCUCCAAGUCAUGAACUGUGCUUUGACAUGAGUAAGAAUAAGUUUCUAGCGCUGUACGAAGAGUUGAGUCAAGCGCAAUUAAUGCUACAGAAGUUAAGUAGCCAUCAAGAUUAA